AUGCAGGAAGGAAGCUUCUACCCUGCUUGUGUCAAGGAAGGAAGGGGUCCCAUCCAUGGAGAAGCUGCGGGUGUAGAUGGUAUAGCGACCAGAGAAGAGGAGGUGGAGCAGCAGCAGCAGCAGCAGGCCAACAUCCAGCACCCAACACCUCUGAACCUGAAUAUAUACCAACAAACAUACAACGGACAGAGCAGUCCAGUCACAUCUUCUGCAGACCAACGUGCGCUCGCCACCGGCCGCUGGUGUCGCGCCCGCCGGAGCCCUGCCUCCGCCCGCUGUUGCUUCGGCGACUGCCGCGGCCCGACCAGUUCCUCCCGCGCCCGUCGUUUCCCCCACUCCCUUGCGUGCCAGCACCAGCAGGAGCUCCCGCCUCGCCGGCUAUCGCCCACACCCCCGCCGCAUCCCCGAGCUGCUGCUCACCGCUGCUUCCUGCGCAUCCCCGCGGCGCCCGCGCUGCCGCCCCUGCGCGUCGUCCCCGCCACUCACAGCUCCCCGCUCCGCUUCGCCUCACUCCGGCCGCCCCCCUCCCCCGCGCUCACCUGGCCCGCACCCGGCGACCUCUGGCCACCCCGUCGUGGCUGCGCCCGUCGCUCCGUGUCCGCCCCGACGGGCGCCUACGCCCGCACCCGCGCCCGUGAAGCCAACGCCUGCUAA